UCACGCAAGACUCCACCGUCGAGGAUCGUCCAGAGGAGCGGCAUCUCCUCGAGAAAGAACAUCGGCAGCAGCAGAUCUCUCGUCGUCCGACAAAAACCACCCAAUUGUACAGUCCUUAAUUGUUUCUGCGUGAGACUCCUAUAAGGGAUUAUACAAGUAAACAUGUCGCCGUAGAAGCAACAGAUAGGGAAAUGGCGAAUUUCCGUGGAUUUUACAUACCCUCCAUCGGAGCUACGGUCAACGUCGCCUGGGAGACCUUGAAAGCCAAAUGGCCGGAGAACAGUCCGUGCAUGGAGCUGAUCCGCGGUGGUGGCGGAGGCGGAGGCGGCGGUGGCGAGGGCGGCAUGAGCCAAGGGCGAAACGGUCAGGGUCAAUUUAAAUCAUUCGACGAGGGCGGCGACAACACCGAGAUGAUGACGAUGAACGGGGACCAGGCAUACCGGGAUCGAAAUAAUGUCGCGGUCGCCGAGGACUCCUUCAGCUACCAAAGGAAUGGGGAUAAAAUCCGAACUGGGAGUAUGAGUAGCGGCGAAUUCAGCGAGUACGACGAGGGUGGCGGAGAGUUUGGUGCUGCGGGCGUGAAGAUUAAUGAAUGGCAAGCCGCCUGGAAUGUUACAAACGCUAUUCAGGGAAUGUUCAUCGUCUCGCUGCCGUUCGCCGUUCUGCGGGGCGGUUAUUGGGCGAUUGCCGCGAUGAUCGGCAUCGCGCACAUCUGCUGCUACACCGGCAAGAUUUUGGUCGAGUGUCUCUACGAGCUGGACACGGUGACCGGUCAACGGGUACGCGUGCGAGAUUCGUACGUGGCGAUCGCCAAGGAGUGUUUCGGGCCGACCUUGGGUGCUCGCGCCGUCAAUAUCGCGCAGAUCAUCGAACUACUGAUGACCUGCAUCCUGUACGUGGUUGUGUGCGGCGAUCUGAUGAUCGGCACAUUUCCGGAAGGCGCGAUUGACACCCGCAGCUGGAUGAUGCUGGUCGGCAUUUUUCUGCUGCCGCUCGGCUUCCUUAAGUCGCUGCAACACGUCUCCGUGCUCAGCUUUUGGUGCACGAUGUCUCACCUCUUCAUCAAUGCGAUCAUCAUCGGUUACUGCAUCCUGGAGAUCGGUGACUGGGGCUGGUCGAAGGUGAAGUGGACGAUCGACAUGGAGAACUUUCCUAUUUCGCUUGGCGUGAUCGUCUUCAGCUAUACGUCGCAGAUCUUUCUGCCGACUCUCGAGGGCAAUCUCAUCGAUCGCUCCAAGUUCGACUGGAUGCUCAAUUGGAGCCACAUCGCCGCGGCCGCGUUCAAGUCCUUGUUUGGCUGGAUCUGCUUCUUGACCUUUCAGAACGACACGCAGCAGGUGAUCACCAACAACCUACAUUCAGCCGGCUUCAAGGGUCUGGUGAACCUCUGCUUGGUGGUCAAGGCCGUGCUCUCGUACCCGUUGCCGUAUUACGCCGCGUGCGAGCUCUUGGAGCGCGCCUUCUUCCGCGGCCGGCCGAAGACGAUCUUCCCGACCAUCUGGACGGUGGACCGCGAGCUCAAGGUCUGGGGUCUGGCUUGGCGUGUCGGUGUGAUCGUGUUCACCAUCUUGAUGGCGAUCUUCAUACCCCACUUCAGCAUACUGAUGGGUUUCAUCGGCUCGUUCACCGGCACCAUGCUGUCGUUCAUCUGGCCGUGCUACUUCCACCUGAAGCUCAAGAGGAACUCGAUGGAAUGGAGCGCCGUUGCAUACGACUGCUUCGUCAUCUUCCUCGGCAUCCUCUUCGGCGUGAUCGGCGUCUAUGAUUCCGGCUCCGCGCUCAUCAACGCUUUCGAGAUUGGCCUGCCCUUCUGAGCGAUCUCGCGCCGUUCAGAUCGCGCCUCGGGUCGUUCGUUGUUAUUCGUCUUCCAUCGAUCCUCGAUUCUGCCGCGUUCUUUGGCAUCGACGCGAUUCGAUAUCCUCGAGACAUACUGCGAAUUAGGAACUAAUUAACGGGAGCUUAUGUGACGAAAUAUCCCGAUAGUCAACCUGCAAAUUAACAAUGCAUUACGAGUCUCAUGAAAUUAUCGUCGAGGGAUAUCUCCGGGAGAGAUGUCGAAAGCGCCUGAGCAAAUCGAGGUUCGGCUACUUCGCGUUGCGUGUUCAAUCAGAAAGCCACGACCGAUUAGCGCGAUUAGUUUUGCAUUAUGCGUAAACGUGUAUCUACUUUUGACUCUACCACACACACACAUGUUGACAUUUUUAUGCUAUUUUUACAUGACGGUCGCACGCGGCUGUUAAUCACAUUCUUCUCGACCUCAAACUUUCGUUGAGACGAUUUUCCUUCGAACGACGCGAGCGCAGAAGCAUUGUCGUCUUCUCACUCAUACAAGAGAAUUCGCAAUACGCGAAUUUGCACUUCAACAUGCCGAUUGUUUUUCACUUGUUCCGGGAGCUUUGUAGAUAAAACAAAGCGUAGAUCUAGCGCGCGCGGUUAACACGUGACGAUUUAUAAGAAGUGCACCUUCCGUGAUGUCUUCCUUACGAUGCAGUUGCAAGGAGCGCAGCCUAACUAACUUAUAUAGUUGACUACUGUUACUGUUUUGGAUUUUAUAAUUGUACUCGCGCGGAUAAUUCAAGCGUGAGACAUCAUUUUCACGCGACGCGUUGAAUAGUUCGUCACGACGAGACGGCACGGCGCGGCGAUCGAUCGAUGGAUCGAUCGAUUCAACUUGGACACUUCGAUAUAAAGAUCUCGAAACGUGUCACAUUUUCAAAAGUACGGUGCGGGCUUGCACGGUAACAAAGUAGAGCGAUGUGCGUUGCGUGAUAAACGUUUAGAUAAUUGGGUAAAGAUAAUGAAUAAAAAAUAUACAUUUUCGCGGACAAUUAUAUCAAGAAGAGAAAUACGACACAAUAUAAUGCAAUGCAAUGCAAUGCAAUGCAAUAGAUCACUGUUCUAUUUGAGGUAGUAGAAGCUUCUAAAAAACGUUUAAAAGACGCCCAACAUACUUCAGAUAUGAAUAUUUACGUAGGGCAAGUUUCAAAUAACAACUAUUAAUACAAGUUUAAAACACCUUUUAAAAGUUUCUACUAUCUGGAACAUGAUUUGUAAUUCUCCAAAUAUUCAGCAAUAACUUGACCGUUCUAUUUGUACCACUAAUAAUUCAUGGAUCAAGUUUCUUUUCUCGUGAUGUAAUUUUUCACUAAAGAGCGUAAUGUUUAUUACCGCGAGUAGGUGACGACGGUAAUCUGACGGAUGCGUUCUCUUAGAAGUUAUGACGAAUUCGAUUGGAAGCACUAGUGCGCACCAGUGCAUACUAAGGCGGUUUCAUAGUCCAUUCUUGUAUUUAAGAUUGUCUUAAAUUCGCUUCCGAAUGCUCCGUAAUUAGUAUAACAAUUUGUAUAGCAUCUAAAGAUAAAUAUAAAACGAUUUUGAAUGUAAGAUAGAACUCUAUAAACAUAGAUGAAAUAUAAGAACAGACUAUAAAUUAGCCUUAGUGUGCACUGGUGCGCACUAGUGCUUCCAAUCGAAUUCGCUAUUAAGAAUAAAGCCCGCCGUGCCGUUCGUCCGCCGUAUAUUUAACAGGACGCAGGAGAAUGCGCCAGCAAGUUAUGUAUGUACAACCGAGUACAAUUAACCGUUUAAUCCAACGUCUUCCGAGAUCUGACAGAGAUCAUAUCGUUAGAUCGCACGUUAGUUUAAGGAGCGUGAGUGUAAGCAAACGUAGACACGUUCCGUGAGAACCGCGGAACGCUCUGACGACUCCGGGGAAACGGAAUCAUAAUUCGAGACAAUAACUGUACGGAUAGUAAUUAUUGAUAAGGUACUAAUUCUCUCUUUCUUUUUUAUAGAUAGUUACAUAUUACUGAGACGUACGUUCUCAGGCGGUACAAACUUCCAAAAGACCUCUUGGAGGUGUUCAAAACAUUGCCUAAGGAAGUAGAGCGCCUUUUAGAUGUCUUCAAAGCUUUUUUAGAAGUUUUUGCUGUCUAGAUUGUGCCAGAUACAUACUCCCGAAUAUAGAAAUCCUUAGAACCGGUUAUUCCCUUCCAAGGAUUCCUGGACUUCGCAAAUUUUCCCCGAGGCGUCGAUGAGCGUCCCGCAGACACGGUAAAUUAACGAUCGUGAAACGAGUCUUCCAAUAAUGUCUUCCAGAUCGACAAUGUCGAUCGAGAUAAUAACAAUAAUAUAUAAAUAUAUAUAUAUAUAUAUAUAUAUAUUAACAAUAAUGGUAAUAAUGUAUCACUAUUUAUUGAGCAAAGGUUUUUUGUCGAAUAAUAUUGAACAUUAUAUCGAGAGUUGUAGACGUUAAGCGUUAACAUGUAAGGCUACGGUCAUGACAUAAUUGAUGUUUCAUAUCAAUAAAUAUAUCGAUGACACAAUGUAAGUAAUAUCGCGCUGUUCCAUGAAAUCAAUUUAGAAUGUUAAUAAGGGAUCAUUUUCUUUAUAUUGACAAUAAUUAUCAGACGAAUGGUCUGACGAAUGUUACGUGUUGGAAUCCUCUUCGUGGUUACGAAGUGGCGAUAUAGAGAGAGAAUAGAGAGAUGUAUUAGAGAUCGAAUAAUGUUAUUUACCCUACGAAAAUUGUCGGCGUAUCGUCAUCGAGUUGACGAGGUGGAAUAAUGGUUUAGAGGAAUAAUUGUUAUGGAUGGAAUUAUAUCGAGAAAACCACGAGGAAAUACUACCCCAGGACUUUGAUGUCUUAUCGUGAGCGGAAGUACCGCGGCCACGCGUAGGCUUGUAAAGCGCUUUCGCAGAAAUAUCCAUAUUUUGUGGCGUCUCGGGAGGAGCGAACCUCAUCUCUCGGUGUUGUGUAGGCAGAGUAUUACUUAUAAACGUUAAACCAGAUGAUGUAAAGCGGCCUCCGUAUUAACGAGAAUACAUGAAAUAUAUAUUAUCCAUAUGUGAGUAUGAGGGGUGGAAAUAUAUCGGCAAAAUUUUACGGAUUCGUAUAUACUCUUCACUCGCAUCUUCGCCCAGAAUGAUUACACAAGCAUCGUUGAAAAGAACGAAUAUUACCAGGAAGAACUGACAGAGGAGAUAAAUUACAUUCCUCUGUAGGAUUCUUGCGAUAAGGAAAACUUCUCUUUAUUUACUUCUAGGCGGGUAUAGUGGAUUACAAUACGGUUCAAACACAAUGAAGUUAGGGGCUUAUCAAACUGUCAGAACUGUAAAUCAUUACUGAUGGAUUUUCUUAGUAAUUAUAUUAAUGAUAAUAAUUAUAUUAUUAAUUAUAGUUAUUACUAUUUAAUAUUAUUUUUAAUUAUAUUGUUAAUUAUAUUACUGCGUAAGUCUGACCGUAAUGACUUCAAAUUUUGAUAGUUGGCGGAACUCCUAACUUCACUGUGUUUAGACUUGUUUUGUAAUUCGCUGCACUUGUGAGAGGAAUCUCGUGAACAAAGGAUCUUGGAUCGGUGUUUCAGUAGUAAACGAAAUUCGAUUCAUUAACAAUGCUUUAUUGCCACUUUGCUCACAUUAAAAUAACCUUAGAAAUGCAAAAGGCUUGAUGGCUGAAAAUAACAAAAAUUAUGGAAACUCGAAA